AUGAAGACUGUUAGAACCAUAUCUUUUCUUGUCUUCUGCAGCUACAUUAAAUGUCAGACUCUUCAGAGAAGUUUACUAGAUGCAGCCAUGCAGCACACUAAUAGCCAGAAUUAUCUAGAGGAGAACUUAAGAGCUGUCACUAGUAUUAUGGUUGCACAGUUUCUUCAGAAAUUGACUUAUGAAAAAGUACAAACCAUAGUUAAAGAAUUACUAGAUCUUGCAGAGAAGUGCAAGAGCCUCAAGCCACACGAAUCACCUUCAGAAUGUUGUCACCAAUUGAUGACUACCUUCCUAGAGCAUAUUUGCAAUAACCAAGGGUUGGCUGACAGACAUGUAUUUUCUGACUGUUGCAAUACAAAUAAUUCAGCAAGACACAAGUGCUUCCUAUCAUACAAAAAGGAUGUUGCAGGUUACAGUGAUAUAUUCCAAAUUUCAAAUCCUGAGCAGAUCUGUGAGAUGGACAAAGAGAAUCCAGUGCCAGUGAAAGAGAAGUACAUUUAUGAAACUUCUAGGAAACAUCCAUUCUUGUACGGACCCACUAUUCUGACCAUGUCUGCUUGCUACGAAACAGCUGUUCAGUCUUGUUGCCGAGAAGAAAAUAAGACUGAAUGCUUCCAGAUAAAGCUAGAACCCAUCAGAAAAUACGUUAGAGAAAUAUCUUUGAGGCAUCACCACUUAUGUGAGAUUGGGAUUAAAUUCAACCACAAAGUAGCAAAAGCAGUGGAAUUGGUUCUGUUGACUAAAAAACAACCUAGAGCUAACUUUUCUGAAAUUGCCAAACUGGCCAUGGAUAUUAAAAAUCUGCAUCAGAUCUGUUGUGAAGGAAAUGCAGUAGCGUGUGUGCUUGGCAGAAGCCAGCUUAUGAACUAUACCUGCUCUAAACAGGCUACACUAUCCAGCAAGAUCACUCCAUGCUGUGAACUGCCAGAACCAUUCCGAGGGGAAUGCAUUAUCAACUCAGAAAAUGACAAACCUGAUCUCUCAUCCCUGCCACUUAGCAGGUUUACAGAAGACCAGUUUGUAUGCAAACAAUUCACUGACAAACAAGAUGACUUCCUACAAGAGUUUCUUUAUGAAUAUUCAAGAAGACAUCCAGAGUUGGCAGUUCCAGUGAUUUUAAGAGUGGAUACACUAUAUCAAAACUUACUGGGAAAAUGCUGUAAAUUAGAAAAUCCUCUGGAAUGCUAUAGUCAUGGGGAAGAGAUGUUUCAAAGAGUGGUUCGUGAAAGCCAUGAGCAUGUGAAAAAUCAGUGUGAUUUACAUGAGAAAUUAGGAGAUAGUAACUUCCAUGACAGGCUCAUAGUCCUUUAUACUAAGAAAGCCCCACAACUAUCUGCUCAGGAGUUGGUUAUAUUCACGAGGAACAUGGCAGCUGCUGCCACCAAAUGUUGUCCACUGAAUGAUAAGCAACAGUUUGCUUGCAUGGAGAACUCGGCAAAGCUAAUUCUUGGAGCUUUAUGCAGAAGACACGAGGCAGAGUCUAUCAAUGCCGGCGUGGGUCACUGCUGUGAUGACUCGUAUGCCUUCAGGAAGCCUUGCUUUGAUGAUCUGCAAGUAGAUGCAACUUACACUUCUCCACAUUUAUCCUGUGACCAAGUCGUCAACCUUAAUGAGGACUUGUGCAGAGCUCAGGAGGAGGAAUUACAAACCGAAAAGCAAAAACUCCUCAGCAACCUUGUGAAGCAUGAACCAUAUGCAACAGAGAUGCAGUUCCAAUCAGUUAUUGUGGAUUUUGCUCACCUGGUGGAGAUGUGCUGUCAAGCAGAGAAAAGUGAAAUGUGUCUCCAAGAAGAGGGGUCCAAACUGAUUAAAAAGUGCCAGUCUCUUUUGGGAGGCUAA